AUGCCAUCUGAGCUAGCCCGCAGGGCGGCGGCAGCAUCAGUACCGAAUUUAUAUGACAUUCCUCUCAGAGCCUUGCGACCUGCAACUGUGAGCAGUAUUUCGGCAUUGUUGAACCCUCCCAAAGUUCUUGCAACCAGCGAUGGUUUACCCAGAGAUUGGAGAGGAUUGGCUCACCUGAUGAAAGUACCACCUCAUUUACUACCUCAUGUUUCACAACCUGAUCCUACUGGUGAACUCUUGAAGAAGUGGACUGCUGGAUCUGUUGGGCUGUUGGAUGAAUAUCUUGGAAUGUUGGACCGAUGGGAUAUCGUGGAUGAUACAAAGCAUCUCAUGGAAGCAGAUGCAGUUUUGCACCUCCAAAAUGUUGAAAGAGCCUUGUCUUCUGCAUCAGAUGUAGAUGCAGAUCUUGAUCGUGAAAUAUUAACGAGAGAUGAUGUGUUGCGGUUGGAGCAAGGUCUUCCCCCACAGCGCUACAAUGCAUACCUGUUGUAUGCUGAUGCAGAUGAGGAAUUUGCUGUAAAAAUUAUUGAGGAGAUGGAGAACAAGUACAAUUUAAAGUUGUGUGUCAGGGAUCGAGACCUAGUUGCUGGCCAUGUGUUUGAACAUGAAGCGAUAAUGAGACUUAUAUCUGACAGAUGUAACCGUCUCAUUGUUGUCAUAUCAGAAAACUUCUUGAAGAGUGAAGCAAACAAAUUUUUUUGUACAUUUGCUCAGGCCUUGGGAAUAGAUCAAAAACGCCGUAAGGUAAUCCCAGUGAUGCACAAGCAAUGUCGCUUACCCCCAGAACUUAACUACUAUUUUGUAUUAGACUACACUCGAUCAGGUGAUUUAUGGGAUUUCUGGAAGAAACUUCAUGAUUCCAUAGAGACCCCUUCUAUCCAGUCUCGUGAACCUUCUUCCAGAAUAACAAUUCGUGAGCCUGUUCUGGAAGAGCAGGCCCAGACAUAUGUUGCUGCAGAGAACAGUUCCAAAAUUGAUAUUGGGGGCAACGAGCAGAAGACAAAAGUAAAAUCGCAUGAAAAACAGCAUAAGAUAAGUGCUGAAAAUAUAGGAAUGAAGAAGAGUACCUCCAUGAGUUUGGAGAACUUGAAAGCUAAAUCUAAAAAAUGGUUUGGUGGUUUUCCCACAAGGGUAAAGAAGAAUAAGAAAGCAGAAGCAUUAGUGGCUCUUUAACAUUUAAUUAAUGACACUCUUUUAAUUAACGAAAUUGACAUCACAAGAUGUCUUCUAUUGAAAGUGAUUGACACUUGAUCCUUUGUUAGAUUUCCUGGAAGAACUCCAGAUUGUAAAUUAUAUUAUCUACAUUACUGACUUUACAUGAAUGUUGUAACUUAAAUAUCCCAUUAUAUAUGUUCUUUGAAAAGAACAAAUGCAUGGAAAUUGUGCUAGUGAGUUAAAAAAGUUAUUUUUAUGUCUGAGCAUAUUCAGAAAAAGAUUAAUCUUUUUGGGACCGAAUUAAUUUUGAAACCAAAUUGCUUCACAGUGUGGGGUAGUUAAAAUAUAUCAUUUAAAAAAUUGACAAUUCAAUGAAAUCCAUGAUGAAGUUUUCAUAUGUGAAUAAUUUAUAUUAGAGCUUCCUGAGUGAAAGCAUGAUGUAAAUAUAUAUGUGAAACAUUGCAUGCAAAGGGUAUGGAGAGGCCUUACACGGCUUAGACACAUUAUUGAGGGGCAUUUCAAGAAGCAACCAAACCUUGUGCUGCUAAUCACCUGUGAGUGACAAAAUGUGAUGUAUCAUUCCCUUUUGCCUUUUGGGUGUGACACCAUUUGCUUUUGUUGGGUGGUUGCACCAAGAAGAGUGUGGAGGGAUGUUGUGUGGUUUGAUCCCACAGAACAUUCUAACACUUAGAAGUUUGAUACAUAAAAGUUCCCUUUCGAGAAUACCACAAUAAAGUUUUCUUGCUAACUGUGAUUAUUAGAUUUUACAAUUAACCACGUGGUUAAGAUUUUGAAAAACUCCAUUUUUAAUUGAUGGAUAAUGUGUGUUAGUGAGACGUGCUAUAAUCUAUUCUGCCAAAGGAUGGAAGGUUUCCACCUAUGAGAAUCUGCUUACAAAAUACAGUUUGUAAUUAUAUUUUUAAUACAAUUGAAAUGAUUUGUAAUGUAAUUUCAAUGUGUAUUGAAAUUAUUUGUAACCUAUUUGUAAUGUAAAGAAAAUGAACUACAAUAAUUAGAUUUAAUGAAGUAAAAUACAGAUUAACAAACAUGCUGUAUAAACAUUUGUGAACAAUGCAUAUACUUUAUUAAUGUUACUAUUUGUGUUUUUAUAUGAUAGAGUUUCUUAUUCUUUGUACACUGUUAAUAAAUAAUUAUAUUUAUAAAAGCUUAA